CGUCCGGCAUUCCUUGAGUCGGCCAUUGUCUUGCUGUGCGUCGGGCGAUGGCCGUGGCGUUUGGACCGGCGCCGUUUGGACCGGCGCCGCCUGGCCCCGCGCCGCGUCCGUUUCUGGCCGCUGGCGGUUUUGGGCGGCGCCUGACCAAUCCAUUCGUGGGAUUGGCCGACGACCUGGACCGAGCCUCGGAGGAGAAGAAGAGUCCCCACAACUACGAGGGCUGGGCGUAUGUGAUCCUAACGCCGUGGCUGGGACUGGCCAUCUUCAUCCUGGGCUUUCCAGUGCUCUGGUGGAACGAGCGGAGGGCCACCGGCCGAAAAGCGCCGCCGGCACCCGCCGCGGCAAUGGGAGGUGCCGCAAGCCCCGCGGAGGGCAGCCCCGUGGCCAAGGGCACCGCCAACGAGAAAGUCCCUCGGGAUGCGGAAGCCGUGGAGGGCACGCCGGUCAAGCAGGAGGGCGAGUCGCUGCUGGUGCAUCCGGAGAAAGCCUACCACGAGGCCGUGGAGUCCUUCGAGACUCAGCACUGCAACUAUUUGUGCUGCCGGGGCGUGAAGCGCUGCUUCGAAGCCAUGCCCCAGCUCGAGGGCGCCGGGGACUUCCGCACCUACUUCUUCCGAGUGUUCGGAGUCUGCAUGAUGUUCACGGGAAUCGACAUGAUGCUUGCACCGACCUAUUUCAUGCUCCGCAACGCGUGGUUCUUUGGCUUCCUCAUCGCCGCUCACCUGGCGAUCUGCGCCUGCAAGUCCAGCUGCAUCUUGAGCUGCUGCACCAUCCUCAGCUCCUACGUGCUGCACCGCCCCGGGAUCGUGGCGCUGCUGGCAACAAGCAUCGUAGCUGUGAGUGGCUUGUCGAUCUACUACAACGCUCCCGCGGCGCACCGCUGAAGGGCACACGACCCUCGGGAUGCACCAGCGAGUGCGAGAGCCGACGAAGCUUCGGCUGCGGGUGAAGUUCCUGGGGUUCCUGACAGGCUUUCCCACAUGCAAGCCA